AUGGAUAUUGAUAGAGUAGUAGGAGACGAAGAUUGUUGUCUGGACACUGAACUGCUGCAGCUGCCAGAAGUUUCUUCUUUUGUUCUUAAAGAAAAUCCUCAACUUCCCGAGGUUUUGUUCUCUCAGUGGCUUUCGCUUUCUGACACCACCCGAUUGGUGAAAACUUUAAUUGAUGAUGCAAAAGCUGGCAAUCCUAUUAACGUCCCUGGUAUAUCUCUUAAUGCGAGUGCUGGUGGGGUCAAUUCAUUGCCUUCCAUGUUUCCUUCUGGUAGUGUACCUCCGAUUUCACCAAGAAGUUCAUCUGGUUCUCCACACAUGUCUAAGCAGAAAACCAGUCCCUCAUCUCUAGGUUCUCCGUUAAAAUUAGUUAGGGAACCAGUUUGGGAAGCCAUACCUCAGUUCUAUUUUCAAAAUGGUCGUCCAGUAGCAAGUGAACUCAAAGAACAAUGUCUUUCUAGAAUUAAUCAUCUUUUCAACAAUGAUCUGGAUGGACUACUCAUUGACGAAUUUAAAGCUGUUACAAAGAUAGUUUGCAAGUUACCAUCCUUCUUCUCAGAUGUACUUUUUAGAAAGAUUGACAUUGACUGCACUGGGAUAGUGACCAGGGAUGCGUUUGUUAAAUACUGGGUGGAUAGCAAUAUGCUGACAUUGGAUGUAGCAACUCAAGCAUUCAAUAUUCUAAAACAGCCAGACUGCAGACACCUUACUCAGUCUGAUUUCAAACCUAUUCUUCGAGAACUUUUGGCAACUCAUUCUGGGUUGGAAUUCUUACAGAAUACUCCCGAAUUUCAAGAAAGAUAUGCUGAAACUGUUAUAUACAGAAUAUUUUACUAUGUCAAUAGAUCAGGAAAUGGCCAGCUUACACUCAGGGAGCUGAAGCGUGGGAAUCUUAUUGCUGCAAUGCAACAUGCAGAUGAAGAAGAAGACAUUAACAAAGUUAUAAGGUACUUCUCUUACGAACAUUUCUAUGUAAUAUACUGCAAGUUUUGGGAGCUGGAUACAGACCAUGAUUUCUUCAUCGACAAAGAGAAUCUCAUCAGAUAUGGUAAUCAUGCCCUUACGUACAGGAUUGUUGAUAGAAUAUUUUCACAGGUGCCAAGGAAGUUUACAAGCAAUGUUGAAGGGAAAAUGUGUUAUGAAGAUUUUGUUUACUUCAUGCUCUCAGAGGAGGACAAAUCAUCCGAGCCCAGUCUUGAAUACUGGUUCAAGUGCUUAGAUUUAGAUGGAAAUGGUGUGUUGACACCUAAUGAAUUGCAAUACUUCUACGAGGAGCAGCUGCACCGAAUGGAAUGCAUGGCCCAGGAACCUGUGCUAUUUGAAGAUAUCUUGUGUCAAAUAGUUGACAUGAUUGCACCAAAGAGGGAAGAUUAUAUCACCCUGCGAGACUUGAAAGGAUGCAAACUUUCAGGAAAUGUUUUCAAUAUUCUUUUCAACCUCAAUAAGUUCGUAGCUUUUGAAAGCCGUGAUCCCUUUCUUAUUCGCCAGGAGCGUGAGGAACCAACUUUAACAGAAUGGGACCGCUUUGCACAUAGAGAGUAUAUCAGGCUUUCAAUGGAAGAGGAUGUUGAAGAUGUCUCGAACGGAAGUGCAGAAGUUCAGAAUGUCAUCAUUUCUUUAGCAAAAACUUUACCGCGAAGACUGAAGAGUCGGUUCAGACGAUUCGUCGACAAUGGCUAUAAAAAGACGUUUGGAGUCCAGCGUAUUGCUCAAGUAACCCCAAUAGAGAGAGAACGCAUUUCAAUUUUUUUGUCGUCAGUCGAAAAGGAGGGAGGGACUGUUUCUGUCGGCCUCCCUCAUUCCGCCUCUUUUAUAGGAGGUUGCUCACGAAUGGCACCGCAUCCUAAAGUUGUGAAAGCCUUUAAGGCAAUGAUGUCUGUGGGGAUUAGUGGAAAUAAAGUGAAACCAGCGUUGAAAAGACUUUUAAGGUUGUAUGACGGAAAUUGGGAGCUUAUUGAAGAGGAUAAUUAUAGAGUUCUUCUGGAUGCAAUUUUUGAAGAAGAGGAUGUUGUUGAGGUGUGGGAAGUGAAGGACCCUGCUAGUGAAGGAGAUUUUGAGGAAGAAGCUCAGGUGCACGACGAACCUAAACGGCCAUUAAAACGUUUGUGCUUAAGCAGCCAAGAUGGGCAAUCACCCGUCUCAAUUCAUGACUGUGAUCCUGAAUUGGCCACGCCUCCUUUAAACAAACAAACCGCAUCCCCUAGUUCUUUGGCAGGGCAAGGAAGCUCUAACCCAUCAGAUUCAUGUGGUAUAGACUCUCUGCUGAUGAGCAAAAUUGAUGCCCUAAAUUGUGAGAAUGCUGUUCUAGAAGAGAAGCUAAGGCAAGCCAAGGAGGAGGGGCAGAAAGAAAAAGGGAAAUUGCAGUUGCAAAUCUCUGAGGCGGAAACCAGGGCUGAACAGGCUGAGAAAGAGGCUGAAAGGGCUAGAGUGCAGGCCGUGGAGAUUGCUAGAGAGAACUCUGAGCUUAAGGCACAUCUAUGCUGUAAUGAAGAGUCCAUCAUUGACAAGCUCUUGGAGUCAGAGAGGUUCCAAAAGCUGCAGGAAAUGACUUCCAUCAAGUUGGAGAUGGAUAUCCGGAGGAAGAUAGCCAAUAGCAUCCUAAAUGGAAUCUGA